AUGCAUUAGUAACCUAGACUAUCUCCAGUUUCAUCCAGUCCGUUGCAUCAAAAUUAAAUCAUAACCUGUAACACAAUUAAUUAAGUUAAGAACAAAUAAACAGAUAAUAAUGCUACCAAUAGACAACAUCCAAUUCCAAAUAGCCAUAAGCCAAAAAUAAAAUCUGUAUAUGUCUCAUUCAUCUCAUUAGUUUGGGAUCCCCAACAGCAAUUAAAAGAGAGAGAUGCUAUAAUUAAAUAGCAAUUAAUCACUAAAGGAGUGAAAUCACAACUACAAAGUGAUGGACAAAGUAAAUCAAGCAGCAUUCAAAUUUCAUAAACCAAUUAAAAUACUUGUUCAAAUGCCAAUCUAUUAUAAUGCACAUCUUACAUUGAUGAAGCACUAAAAAGUCAGAGAGAAGAAUUCUUAAAAUUAAUUGAGCAAUAAAAUAAAUAAAUUGAAAUUCUGCAUCAAUAAUAAUAAAUUAUAAUGCAUCAAGAGAGAAAGAAAGAGCAAGAUUAUGAAACAUAAUUAUGUUAAAUUAAAAAUUAAUUAAAAUAGUAAAUUAAUAGUAAAUGUAAUGAAAUUUUCAAUAAAAUUUAAAAAUAAUAAUAGUCUGAUUUUAAGCAUGUGGAGGCAGAAAUUGCCAAACUUACUUAAUAAAUUAAUUAAUUCUCGAAUCUAACAAAAGUUCAACUAUCUUCCAGCGGAAAAGAGAAUUAAUAAUAAGAACAUUAAGAUAAAUUGGAAUAUAAUAAUAAUUCUAUUAUAAACUCGGAUCUAUACAUCAAAAAAUUUAGUUAUGAAUCCAUCAAUCAAAAAACUAAUGAUCUUAAAUUGCCUGAGCAGAUUAGUAUUCUUUUGAAUUCAAACAAUUAAUCAAAUAGUGAAAUACAAGAAAUAGAAAUCCUUUAAUCUGAACUAACCUUAUUAAAUGCAUCAAAUCAAAUUAGAAAAGAUCUUAAUCAUGAAAAUAUGCCAUCUUCAUUAAAAACAAUAAUCACAAAAAGAAAGGAUUAUUAGAGUUUCGAAAAAUAAGAUUCUCCAUUUAAAAAUCUCAAUGAAUAAGAUAUGCUAGAUAGUCUGGAUGACAUUGUUAUUCAAGAUUCCGGUUAACAACAAUCAAAUAAAAAGGAAUUUAAUCUUCUUAAAUCCUAGGGAAUGUCUGUCAUACAGGAAGAUGAAGAUGAUGACGAAGAGUUAAUCUACCAAAUAGAUGAAAAUGGAUUCAUACUCACUCAAGAUGGACAUCCAUUAAUUGAUGAGAAAGGGAAAAGAAUUCAACUUACCAAAUAAGAAAUGCAAUUCUAUAAGGUUUAAACGCUUAAUUGA